ACAGUAUGUAUAAAUCUCCGUACCCCUCGCUCUCUUAGGAGUAUCAAUCGGUGUGGUGUCAAUCACAGCGGCGGCUCCCCUUUCAUCUCGAUCCUCCCAGUCGCUGCGAGAGAGAAGGCAGAGAGAGGAGACAGAGGACGGGAAAGGAGAGCUACAUUACUUACGGAGCGGUGCUCCAGUUUGGAAGUCGGUCCACAGCGUAUCGGUUUAUAACGCACUCCUCGAUCUUUUAUAUAGUUUAUUACUUUUAAUUUAGCCGUUAUUCAGUUCAAGGAUGUAUGUUCAUUUUAAUAGGGAUAGAUACGCAGUAUUGUUUAAGUGGGGAAAAUAAAUCGUGUUCUACUUGUGGCAAACAGGCUGCACGAGAUUCAGAGACGCAUUUUUUAAAUKAUAUUUUUCCUUAUUUUUUUUUCACGAAAGGACUGCAACUCUCACAGGACCCCAGAACGAGGAAAUAUAAGCAGAGKUUUUUUUCUACAUGCACUUUGACCGUUAGCGGAGCUCCCGGGUGUGUGCCCUCCUCUGCCAAAUCUGACGGCACAUCUGACUCUCGUGAUGAGGUUUUGACUUCUGACAUUUUAAAGAGCCGAACUGGCGAGUGCCGCGGGUUGAGCGUGCACUACACAUCCGCUUUUACCGAUAACAUCUUCAGUUUCGAAUAUUUAGAAUCUGAAUCAUUGUAAGAAUCCAUAAUACUUCGAAAAAAAAGGAUCUCCUGUUAAUUUAGCUAAAACAAAAAACGUGAUCGCACGCAGUUUCCUCCAGGGUUCYGAGCGCAACACUUCAAGCCGCUUCAAGGAACAUUUUUGGUUUCCUUUUGGGGAUUUCGAUAGUUCCUCCAAUUUGGACAGUGCGAGUACUUCGACUGAAUCAAAAUGCCCCAACUAGCAGGUGGUGGCGGUGGCGGCGGGGACCCUGAGCUUUGUGCCACCGACGAAAUGAUUCCGUUCAAGGAUGAGGGAGACCAAGAACAAAUAUUCGCAGAACUCAGUCACUCAGAGGAAGACGAGGGAGACUUGGCAGAUAUCAAGUCAUCUUUAGUACAUGAGUCAGAGACGAGUCCAAACAGCAAUCAUGAUGGAACUAGACAAUCCCAAAUAUCCCAAGACUCAUAUCAUGAAAAACACAGAGACCAUCACGAUGAUGGGAAACACCUAGACAUGUACAACAAAGGUCAUCCGUACUCUGGAUACCCAGGUUACAUCAUGAUGACUAAUAUGAACAACGACUCCUACAUGAACAACGGCUCCCUGUCGCCGCCCAUGCCCAGAACG